AUGUGCGGUGACAGCGACGUCCAUGUGCCGCAGGCGGCGGUGCGUCUGGACGAUCCCAAUGCAGACGAGAUCUUUCCCUGGCAGACAGGUCGCAUCUACGAUGCCCAUUGCCACCCGACCGACACGAUGGCGUCGCUGCACGCAAUAUCGGGCAUGGGAACGGCGGCACUGACGGUCAUGUCGACACGAGCGCAGGACCAGGACCUGGUGGCACAGCUUGGCGCCGGCGACCCCAAGGUCGUUCCGGCCUUUGGCUGGCACCCCUGGUUUUCGUAUCAGCUGUACGAUGAUACGGCGGCAGGUGCUUUGCCAAAAGGACAAGGCAGCGGCAGUGUAGACCUCGUAUCUAUGGAGGACAAGAGACGGCACCUGGCGUCGGUCCUGACACCUUCCCCACCGUUGGGUACGGAGAGGGACGACGCCAAAGACGACAAUCAAGACAACCAAGACAACCACGACAAGACGGCGGCCCUGUUGUCUGCGCUCGAUGCGCUGGCCAACAGUCUUCCUGCGGUCCGGCCGUUGUCUGCCUUUCUGGCCGAGACGCGUCAACGGCUCAUCGACCAUCCAACGGCCCUGGUCGGUGAGAUUGGCGUUGACAAAGCGUUCCGCGUCCCCGAACCGGCGGUCGAGAGCGGUAGUGCAGCGGCCGAAGGACUGACGCCGGGUGGCCGCGAGGGCCGGCGAUUGUCGCCGUUCCGUGUGCAGCCGGCACACCAGGUGGCCAUUCUCGCGGGCCAGCUGCGGCUGGCGGCCGAACUGAAGCGGCCCGUCAGCGUCCACGGCGUGCAGGCGCAUGGCUUGCUGUUUUCGACGUUGGCUGCGACUUGGCGUGGCCAUGCGCGGACCGUCCUCUCCCGGCGCGAGCGGCACCAAAUCAAGGGCAUCGCCGGCAUCGAGGGCAUCGAAAACGACGGCAGUGACAGCGAGGAGGGCGCCGAGGACGACGGCAGUCACUCUAACGAUGGCAAGGUUGUGGCCACGCCCAAACCGUUCCCACCGGCCAUCUGCUUGCACUCGUUCAGCGGUCCCGUCGACAUGCUGCGACAGUACCUGGACCCCCACAUCCCCUCGGCCAUCUACUUUUCCUUCUCCACUGCUGUCAACUGCAGCACCGAGAGCGGGUGCCAACGAACAGCCCAAGUCAUUGCGGCGUGCCCGGAAGACCGGAUUCUGGUUGAAAGCGAUCUGCAUACCGCCGGUCCGGCAAUGGAUGCUGCACUUGAAGACAUUUGUCGGCGUGUGUGUGCCAUCAAGAAGUGGACACUGGCCGAGGGCAUGGAGCGCGUAGCGCAAAAUUAUGAUGCGUUUAUCCUGCGGGCAUCAUCAAAACCAAAGAAUGGGCAGGCAUGA